UUGGGGCAAUAUAAAUGUGACAUUGGAGACAUGAAAGGGUUUGUGCUCUCUACCUUGUCAUCCAUAAAGUAAGAUAAAAAAAGCUCUCCUAUGAACGAAUGGAGAAGAACAAGUCCUACCCUGCAUACUCAGCUGCAUACUUAGGCGAAUUCGACACCGAAGAGAGAUCGAACUCGUACAGCUUCAACGGGCCGAAAGGCAAUGGGUUCGUGGCGUCCAGCGAUCCGGAGCUGAAGAGGAAGAAGCGGAUUGCGGCCUACAACGUGUUCGCCGCGGAAGGCAAGCUCAAGUCCAGCCUCAGGAACAGCUUCAAGUGGAUCAAGGGCAAGCUGAACGAGGUUCGCUACGAUGUGUGCGAGUGAUGGAUGGAUUUUGGCGACGGAAACCUUCUAAUCCGAACAAUCUGGAGCUGUUUCAACAUUUCCAUGUAUAGAACUUGUGUUCUUUUCCUUCUUUUUCUUGGGGGGUUUUCUAUAAAGUGUGAUGCGGAGGACAACUCUAGCUUUCGCCAUCAGAAAACACUACCAUGCAUGGAAAAUAUGAGUAUUGGGGCAGUAUAUUAGUUUGUGCAUCUUUUUUCUCCAAAGAAAAGAAAUUGGAACUUGCAUAUGCAUGUGUAAAUGUGUUGAUGCCAUGCACAGUACAGUCAACCAUCAUAUGGAAUUCUUCCA